ACUUCUUAAAGUUAACUGGCACUCAAGCACCGAAGAACAGGUAUACCCAAUAAGAUUGCUAUUUUUCUAUUGUGCUCGACUACUUUUACACGAACUCAGCCUGGAGCAGAUCGCCAUUAAACAGACUUUUAGGUGAAAAGGUACAACACUACUAGCGUGAUGAGUGAUCUGUCCACCUUGUUGUUCUUUUGGAUCGCUAACAUUUGAAACCAGACAUACAAACUACCAUUAAUACUGCAUUGUUUAUGAAUGCAAAUUGAGGCUCAGUGGGCCUGUAAUGUACGCGGUCAGCUCAAAAGAAUGAAGACAUUAAACGUCUGGAAAACAGUUGAUAAGUAAGCAAUCUUGAAAUCUUGAUCAGAGGAGACUCUAUCUGUCUUCAGAAACAAACCCUCAUUGUUCAGUUGGUAACCGCUAAGCAAUUUUCUUUGACCUUCGAGCGACUUUACAUGACAUGGCAGGCGCAGCAUAGACGCCUCACAGUCUUGUAGAACGGGUCCGGUCGUAACCUCAAUGAAAUUAUCAAACCACAACCUUCGAAGAUGCGAUGCAAUCAGACUAUAACGUUUAUAAUUCUUUGUCAAAUCUGCUUGUGGAAUUCCAAAUCUGAGAGCAGAUCUUUAGGAGGAAACAAGGAAAAGAAUGACACAAAUCCGGCAGACAAUUCCGACCUUCCUUUUAGAAAUAAGAAAACUGUGCGAAGUACUCACCCACAUUCAAACCUGACCCGUAUGAUUCUUGGCAACGUGUCUGUAGAAGAUGCUGUGGAAGUCAUGAGAGAUGACAUGCCAGUGCUUAACAAUAAGUACAUUAACGAAACAGUGGCGGGAAAGAGUAUGUCAAGUCUCUUGGAAGCAGUUUUCAAAACCUACGACAAGCGUAUUAGACCCUUUUAUGAUGUUAAAACACUCGACGUCGCCAUGGACCUACUCAUUCUUUCAUUUGGAGAACUUAGUGAAACCAAUAUGGAAUUUUCCGUUGACUUAUACAUGGGACAGUUCUGGCGUGAUCCUCGUUUAGGAUUUGGUCUUAACAAAACUAUUAUUCUGAGUGGAGAUGCAACGGACAAACUCUGGGUCCCAGACACCUUUAUUGUAAAUUCAAUCGACACAAAAAUCCACCAAUUGAUAGCAGUCAACAAGAAAGCCUGGGUCCAUCUGGGAAACGGAACGAUCAUGCUGGUAUUGAGAUACACUGCUCGAAGCUCUUGUAAAGUGGACCUCAGGGAUUAUCCGUUAGAUGAACAGAUCUGUCACCUAUUUUUUGAGAGCUUUUCAUUCGAAAGCAAGGACUUGAAUUUAACUUGGAAACAACAAAUUGGAACUGAUAUUUACAUUUACGACAAAGAAAUGGCCCAGUUUGAUAUAUUGUCAGCCAAACGACGUGGAAAACAUCAAAUCUACCAUUCAGAGGGAUUUUCAGGUCUCACGACAACAAUAAAAUUCAGGCGUCGAACGAUGUAUUAUAUAUUCCAAAUGUACAUACCUUGUAUCUGCGUUGUGAUUUUAUCAUGGGUAAGCUUCUGGAUUGACGAGACCGAUGGUUCUGACCGCGUAGGACUGGGGAUAGCUACGGUUCUAACCAUUAGUUUCAUGAGAGGCUCUAUGAAUGAUAAUGUACCACGUGUAUCAUAUCUCAAGUCCGUGGAUUAUUUUUUGUUGGGUUCGUUCGUAUUUGUCUUCAUGACCCUGAUCGAGUACGUGCUGGUUUUGAAACAGACAAGAAAGGAGAAGAAAAGGAAAAACGAGAAAAAUAAAGAAACAUUGGCACGUGACCGGAAGCGGGAGGCAGAGCUGCUGUUUUCAGAUUCAGAGGAUGAAAAGGUUUCUGUGUCAGUAUCCGUAGGCAGCAAAACAUAUGAUUUUCAACAUGGUAAACCAAGAACGGACGGCAGCCCUGUGAACUUUAACGUCAAUAAUCACAACAAGCCUGGGCGUACUGUGAGAAUCGUAGAACCCACGCCUAAUUUGACCAAUAAACCUAAACGACAACCAAACCGGGAUCAAUUGAAAAAGCUUCAUAGGCGACCCUCUAUGAUUCAAAUGAUUAGAAAGACAAUCGAGGAUGGUGAAGAAGAGAUCUGCUAUUUGGAUAAGUAUUCUAGGAUAGUUUUUCCUCUUUCCUACACAAUCUUUUUGGGGAUUUACUUUGGCAUUUACACAGUGCGAUGGGAGAAUAUAGUUCCGUGAUAAAUUAUAACAAAGUCACCUGAAUGCGACAUUGGCAGAACAGGUUAAAUUAUCUCGACUGUUAACGUGGAAUUUCUAGAAAUCGAGUUCUGAAGACUUAAAUUCAUGGCCAAAAAGAAGAACGGAUGACAGCGUCGAGGCGCGCUUUCAGCCGAACUACAUUGCCAAAUUUCGUUGAGAAAAAAAAAUAUACUCGUAAUUGAUAAUGGCGAGAGGUUAACAGCUUACGCGCAGAGUGUAUUAGCUUUUUAAAAGUUUACCAAAUCUACAAUCUGGUUU